CUCAGAUUUCUUGCUCUAACCAUUGGACCACUCUUUACUGUCUGCAGUUGCCUUUGGACCUAGAUUCUCUACCAACCCUAACCCAGUCCCACACAUUUGCUCUUUAUUUCCUGCUUUCUUCUCCCCCCAGGAUUACAUUGCCUAUGCAAAGCCCCCAUAUGGUCCAGGCUUUUCCCAGUGCCUUUUAAAAAGUGGAUUAACCUGGUUCCACUCACUUCCCCGACAGGAUAAUCUCUUUUGGUAAUCCCGUAAUGGCAUUCUGUUUUCAGUACUCACUGGAUUUUGAUUAGACUCGUCUGUGUCUAAAUACGUGCCAUUUUAUGGAUGCUUAAAUGUGCAGGUCCCAUCCCCCACCUUUAUUAUUUCCUUCUUAAUCUCAUGAUGGUUCCCCACUUUUUUCUAUAAACAUAUAUAUCAUGUUAAAACUUCCGCUGUACAAGCUAGUGCCUGUCUCCUCCUAUUCAGCUGGGUGCUUUCUAAUUUUCAGUGUAGCUUUGGCUGUUCCAGACUGUAUGUGUGGCAGCCCAUUGAGGGUUACAGUAUACAUCAUUGAAUGAGAGUAAGUUAAUGGAUGCUGUGAGCAAUUCACACAGAGGCUUCUCAUUAAGGAGACAUAGCAGUGAGACAAAAGAAUCUGGACCAGAGAAAGAUCAAUUCAACGCCAUGCAAUCAAAUUGCACUCAUCUCCACAAUGCCCCUGGAAGUGGUGAUGUUCCCUCGUCUUCUCAGAGUGCCUAUACAGCAGGGCUGCCAGGAGAAGGCUCUUGCCACCAUACUGGAGAUGUUCACAUCCAGCUAAGUUCUGCCUUGGGAGAAGCUGGGGAAAACCCCAGUUUCAGGCACAUUCGAUCAGGUUCCCAGGGCCGUUCACAUGGCCACUCCCACAAUGAAGCGAGGGGGUCUGAAGAUUCCACCUUAGAUUCAGAGGAACACAGUGGCAGCUCCAUCUCUGAGCUCAGAUAUCUCCUCCAGUGGCUGCACAAAAGUCUUCCAUACAUCUUGAUUCUGUGUAUCAAACUGACCAUGCAGCAUAUAAUCGGCAUUUCUCUUGGAAUUGGGCUGCUAACAACUUUUAUGUAUGCAAACAAAAGCAUUGUAAAUCAGGUUUUUCUAAGAGAAAGGUGCUCCAAGUUGCAAUGUGCUUGGGUACUGAUAUUCCUAACCGGGUCAUCUCUCCUCUUGUAUUAUACCUUUCACUCUCAGUCACUUUAUUACAGCUUAAUCUUUUUAAAACCUACUGUGGAUUUUAUGAACUUCUGGGAGGUACUUUGGAUCGUGGGAAUCACAGACUUUAUUCUGAAAUUCCUUUUCAUGGACUUCAAAUGCUUUAUUCUCUUGGUGCCUUCUUUUAUGAUGUCUUUUAAAUCCAAGGGCUACUGGUAUAUGCUGUUAGAAGAAUUCUGCCAGUAUUACCGUACAUUCGUCCCCAUACCAAUUUGGUUUCGUUAUCUUAUUGGCUAUAGGGAGCUGGACAAUGUACUGGGGUGGAGUCUUGGUGUAUUGCUAGGUCUGAUCUACUUCAUCCUAAAACUUUUGAGCCUUUUUGGACAUCUGAGAAACUUUAGACAGGUUUUGCGGAUAUUUUGUACACAACCACACUAUGGGGUGACAGCUAGCAAGAGACAGUGUUCUGAAGCAGAUGAUAUUUGUUCAAUAUGCCAAGCUGAAUUUCAAAAGCCUAUUCUUCUAAUCUGUCAGCACAUAUUUUGUGAAGAAUGCAUCUCUUUAUGGUUCAAUAGAGAGAAAACAUGUCCACUGUGCAGAACUAUUAUUUCAGACCAUGUUAACAAAUGGAAGGAUGGAGCCACUUCUGUGCAUCUACAGAUUUAUUAAAACAUGUCAUACUUUUACUUUUUUUACAGUGUACAUUCAUUUGAAUAAAUGUUUUGCAGUUUAAUGUGGAUACUACUGUGGAUGGUAAAGGGACUGUGUUUAAGAUUAGCAAAGGACUAUCUAAGAUCCUCAAGUACUUCUAUCAAAUGUUCUAAAAUUUGAGUUUAUUAAAACAUAGCAUAAAUUGAAAACUGCCUUUUCAUAGAUUAAUUCUAAAAUUUAAGAUUUUUUUUAAUGUUCAAAAUCCAACACUAUGUUGAUUUUUCAUAAUAUUUCAGAGAAAUGGUCAAGUAUUAGAAAAUGCUGCACUGUUACUUAGAGCAACUGCUUCACUCAUUGUUUUACAUGAACAUCUACAAUAGUUGCAGUGUUCCAAAUUGCAUUUAUUCUUGUAUGACUUUACCAAACACAGCAGCUAGAGAUGUGGGCUAUGAUCUUGGGAUGCUGAGCACAGACAACUCCUGUGGACUUGAGUGGGAGUUGCAGAGCUACUCAUUACACUCAAAGAGUAGGCCUUUUAAUGCUGAACCUGAUAGUUCAGAAAAAUGAGCCCUCUUUUUUUUCCCAUGUUAGACCUAUGUCAUUAACUGUUUUUCAUUACAUUUUGAGGAAUAUCAUAAGAAUUUCCCCACUUAGGUCCAUUGCAGAUCUAUAAGAAUCGUUCUCCAUCUUAUGCUUAUCAUAUAAAUUACCCAACCACCGCUGGAAGUUUUUUACUUAAUAUUUUAUAAAGUUUGUAUUUUUAAAGCAAAUCUUAAUACUAUAUUUUUGUCAAAUAUAUCAGGUAACCAAAUUUUCUUAGAGGGGAGAAUCUAUUUUAUAUUAUAUAUACAAUUUGUAGUGUGCAUAGACUAUAGAGAAUAAAUGCAGUUUAAAUUCUU